UCCUAUACCCUGCCACUGCCUCUCAAAGUGUGGAUAUAAAAUGAGGCCUCCGGUUCCAGGAGAUGGAUCUUCCCCUCUCGGGCUACUAAACCGAGGGCCAGAGUACCUACGCAGGCAGCUGGAGGUCAGCGGUGGAGGCCGUACCCCAAGCGCAGUGGAGAGGCUGGAGGCCGACAAAGCCAAAUACGUCAAAUCCCAACAAGUGAUAAACAGCCGUCAAGAACCAGCGCUCCUCUGCUAUACCCCUCAACCUUCCCCAGGUUGCAGGAGACCCCUGACCCUCCACCGACACAAUGAGUUCUCUCAGGGCUUACUGGUAAGCUCAGAUGGCCCUGGGUCCAAAAAGCUAUCUCCUCCUCCUCCUCAGUCACCCACAACACGGAGGGGUAGCGGCAGACGUGUGCUGAGGCCGGACUCCCUUGUCAUCUACCGUCAGAAACGGGAUUGCUCGGCUGUGAACAAAGAAAAUGCCAAGGGCUACAGCCUCGUGAGGUGGCUGUUUCAGAGCCCCCUGAGAGAUGGAUGCGGCAGCUCCCCUUUUCUGAGGGGCCUAUUGGGAGAGGGACAGCUGCAAGCAACACAAGAGGAGACCUCCAUGGCCUGGUUCGCGGCAGGAAAGGAGGAAACGAGAACUCGAGGCUCCGUCGGCAUCCUAGCCAGGCCAAGCGCCAGGUCCGCAGGACAGACUUCAGACAACCGUCAGAAACACCAGUCUGGCUCCUGCGUGGAGAAGGACCAAAUCUCUUCCUCGACAAGCCCAGGUCCAACCAGCUCCAAACGAGAGCUGGCUCCGAGCUGUUCUCUUCCUCUUUCGGAGAAAGAGCGUUUUUUCAACUACUGUGGCUUGGACCGGAAUCUGGUAGAGGUGCUGGGGGCAGAGCGGUUCAAGCCAGGGGGGAGCUGGGAGGUGGGCUCCUCCGGCCCGCUUUUUGGAAGCAUGGGGUCAGCCAGUUCUGAGCAGAGCGCCCCCUCGCACAAUGAAGGGGGGCUGUCCACCGAAGAGCCGGGGGAGAAGCUGUCGGUGUCCGUCUCUGUGAUCGAACGCAACGCCCGCGUCAUAAAAUGGCUCUACAGCUGCCAGCAGGCUCGGACUGUAACCAAGGAGUCUACGGUGUAA